AUGGCUCGCUUUGCAGCCAUCGUGGCGACACUCGCCUCUACGGCUUCGGCCGCCCGCAUGGCGGAACCGGCCUUGAAGAAGCGAGGGGAGGUCUGCGAGACCAAUGAACAGUGCACUGCAGAUCUCCUGUGUAUGGUGGGUGAGGCAAACUACACAUGCCGAGAGAGGCAUUCCAAGAUCGCAGGAGAGCCCUGCAAAGCCGGGGCAGAGUGCGUGGAGGGAACGCGGUGCGUCGGCAACGACCAGGGUCGCUCGUGCAGACCUGGACUGGGGGGCCAACUGCACAAGGAAGUGGUCCCCGUUCUCAAGCGAGUGCUGGGAACAGUAUCGUUCGGUUGCUUGCCGGCAGGACUCCACUGGCCGCCAUCGCUGCUGCAUCAAGGGCCUCAUCGACAGCGAAAGUUCGGGCAAGAGCGAGAACAGGCCCUUGAAUGGGGAUGCCUCCACUUGCUGCAGCGGCAAGACGUUCCACCUCGCAAAUCUGCGGAGCCGUCCCGUGCGAAAGUCCACAUUCUCCGGGCAUGUGAAACACGGAGGAGGCUUCUCGUCCGCGUGGAGCAGCGUCAACCUGGGAGCGGACUACUGCAAGGUCUUCUGAAUCUUGGCCCGGCGGAAAAUCGUCGGUGGGACACCGGCCGCGGA